GGCUCAGGAAGUAGAAGACCGGAAACUGCGUUACGGUAUACCGGGAAAACGCUACAUUUCAGGAUCCUCUCAGUCUAGAUAGGCACGCACUAUUCACUUGCGGAACUGGACGAAGAAAAUGUUGCGUAAUAGACGCGUAAGAACCAGAUCAUAUAUACAAGGUUCGAACAGGAAGUCGGGUCAGAGUGAUGUCUAAGAAGGUGUUAAGGUUUCGGAUUAUUGAUUAUUGUAUGGCAUUUGUUGAAAUGCGACGAACAGAACUACCGAUCGGAUGUUGACAACCCAACUAUUUUAACGACAUAGGCUCGACUGAAUAAUUCAGGAAGUCAGCUAUAAAACUGGCAGGAAUGUGAUAUUUCUGGCUGUCAAGGAUAAACAAUGUGUUCCGCAGAGAGAAAUAUAGACCUUCAACCCAUAUUGUCCGACCCGAGUCUCAUCCUUGAGCUGAAGACAAGGCGCCCUCCGUCGCUGGAGGGACGGGCGGGCUGUGAGACGUGGAGUGUGGACUUUUCUCCGGACGGAGCGUGGUUCGCCUGGUCCAUGGGUCACGGGAUCGUAUGGGUCGUCGCUUGGCCCCUUGACUCCGAAGAGACCCAGGCAGGUGAACUGGACAGAGGCGACAAGAGUUUCAGCUGCGGGGAGCCAGUGUGGGGACUUGCCUUUGGACCCAGACCACCCAAGUCCCCCGCGUUGUCCCAUAAAAACACACAGAGUAAAGGGGAUCGGUUACUCCUAGCCACGGGCCUUGAAAAUGGAGCGAUUAAAAUCUGGAAUGUUCUUACGGGUGGUCUUCUGUUUGAUCUCCGUGGCCACGAGGGAGUCGUACGGAAUCUGGUAUUUCCUCAGAACGGAAAACUAACCCUUGUUUCUACUUCUCGCGACAGGACGUUGAGAAUAUGGGACUUGAAACAUAAAGUUCCAAAGGUGCAGGUUCUGACAGGCCACAAGGACUGGAUCAGCUGCUGCUGUGUCUCCCCUGACUGCAGCAUGGUGGCUUCAGUGGGCCGCUUCGACAGAAUGGUGUGUCUGUGGAGCCUUCGGUCGUACACGUUCAUCAGGAACCUGACGGGGGCGCCACACAAGACCUUCUACCUGCUAGCAUCAUGCCACUUCUCCCCCGACGGCGCGCUGCUGGCCACUGCCGCCUUCAGCGGCUCCAGCUGGUGGAUCGACCUGUGGGACCCUUACACUGCAGAUAAGCUGGCCACACUGGUCAACUACUGUGAAAUUUACGGGCAGAACCAGAUCUCUGCGAUCCAAUUCUCACAUGACGGUCUACACCUAGCAAUAGUCACUGAGGACAGGGCGCUUCGUAUCUGGGAGCUGGGUCAGAAGGGGAUGGUGAUGCAGACCAAAGAGGACCGGGCCUCCAACGGACUCUGCUGCAACUUCCACCCGCUGGGCGGAGUGGUGGCCACCGGGACCAGAGACGGCCACGUCCGGUUCUGGAAGGUGCCCGCCGUGGUGCCCAGCCUCUGCCACCUCUGUCGCUCCACCCUGCGUCUCUCGGUCUCCACCCACCAGGUGGAGGCACUGCCCAUUCCCCGGCGAAUCCUGGAGUACCUCACUUACCGCAACAUUCCCGCCCGCCUGCAGACCCCGUGCUCCCCGGAAGACGACUGGGGCAGCUAAAGGACUGAAGGUCUAGCCUGAGGGAUGAAGGUCAGGGCUCAGAGCACGUCCAUGAGGUGGGGUUGGCACGGUCUUGGUGUCGGGUGUGUAUGCGGGUUACUCUUGUGUAUGCGUGUUACUCUUCUAGCCACUAUGACGACUUGGUAAUUAUUAGCACACGAGUAAUGACGCAUCAGUUGUUAUUAGCACAUGAGCAAGGACGCAUCAUUGCAGCUUUUGGCGUAUCUUUAACUUACAGUAAGUGGCGAGGUUGUAGUUAGCUUGGACUUAAGAACCACACAUGCUCUCUGAGAACACCGACAUCAUACUAAGCUCCUGGAGUCCUUCUGCAGAGGCUGUUCAUGGAUGCAAUGACAGCUAGGGGUGGUCAGGAAAAAACUAUGGUUCACUCAUCUUUGGACUGAUGCAAAGUCAGCGCUUUACAAUUUAGUGUGUUUACAUACUCUUAGAGUGGGAGUGUUUUAGUUAAAUGACAAGAUUUUAUUGCUUUUCUGCUAAUGCACACAUUGCAAUUUAUCGAGAUGUACUCCAUAAUUGCACUAAACAAAUUCUUGAUAUUCACACACUUAAUAUUUCUAUGAUUAUUUAUUGUGUAAAUAAGAUAUACAAUUAUAUCAAAUUGUUUGUUUACAUUCUAAUAGAAUAAAGGCCAUUUUUUUGGUUAUUUACCUCAUAAUCUACUUGUAAAUAAAUAAAAGAACAUAGGAAGGACAAAGUAGGAAAAGUUUAUUUUAGAUAUUCAACGUUUAAAAAACUGUAACAAAGUGUAAUUGUAUUAAAGACGAGGAAGAAAUUUUGUAAGCUUCCUGGUCUUAAAGUUCACCAUCUUGCAGAUAAAUGAGUGACUCUGCAACUCGGUACAUUCCAGUCCAUUUGUUUGUUUAAACACAUUCAGUCACCUCCAUGUCUACCUGGCAAAUCACUGGAACCUUGUUGGAAGGUUUCCCUUUCAUCCCAGUCAUUCCAUAACAUGCCAAGGUUCCUGGAAUGGGCCGACGUUAUUCUCAAAGUCUUCCUUAGGGGGGAACCGUCACACACGUAUUGUGCAAAAACAAAACAAAGAACCUGCAACAUCAACUCCGUCUGGGCGCAUUUGGCAGCAAUAGACAAAAAAAUAAGUCUUCUUACUGAAACGCAGUGGCUGUUGAAUAACGCAAUGACUUCGAAACAUGCUAUGAAGCAGAACUUUUAUACGGAAAAAGCCAAGAGUGAUGGUUCCCCGGUCUGUCAACAAUAGUAGACAGAAUAGACUACUUGAGAGCCUCAGAGACCACUAGGUCUCGCACGGCCUGGAAGGCUGCCACCAUGGAGCUCAGCUGGAUCUUCUCAUUGGUUCCUGAGGCCAGCCUGUGUCUAAAUAGAGUGUGUGUGUGUGUGUGAGGGAAAAAUACAUUGUUAAUUCAUGUACCCUUGUUAUUGUGCUAUUUGUUCUGAUGUUCUUCAAGUUGUUGUCUUGCAUUAGUCUGUAUGUAAAACAAUGUGUCUCGUUUUUAUUGUGUUAUGUUGGACGAAUUUAACUUGUGUCUGAGUGAUGCAACUUACUCCACAUCAGCGAGUUUGAUGAGAAGACCCAUCCGUAUGGCUGGGGGGAAAUCAACUGCAAGGGUAAAAGGGAAACAAAACGUUUUUUUUCUUUUUAUGGUUGACCUCACAAAACCACUCUGAAAACGUCUGACACUGGAUCAUGCUAUAGAUUGUGUAUUUAUAAAGAUCAUAUAUAACGUACGAGGAAAUAAAAAAAAUUGACCACU